AUGGAUACGGAAGUGUGUAAAAGGUUCAAGAAUGUAUGGGAAUGGAUUUCCGAUGAAUUGAAUGAAGGAAAAUAUAAAUUUAAUGAUAAUAAUAAAAUUUCAAAUAAUUAUUGUAAUAAUAUUGAUUUUUCAGAUAGUUAUUGUAAUAUUGAUUUAAAAAGUGAUUUCGAUAAAAUAAGUGAUGGAUGUUUAUAUUUGCUUAAUGAGUUCUUUCGUGAUUCUUCUACGUUCAAGACAGUUGCAAAAAGUAACAUCAAUAUUGUUGAUUACAUUUUGAUAUGGUUAAGUUAUAUGUUAAACCUGACUAAUAGUGGAGAAAAAAACAAUAUAACGUGUUUUUAUAUUGCAUACAUGAAUGAUUGUGAUAAGUAUAACAAGGAAAUAAAUGAAUUAACUGAUUAUAAGAGUUAUAAGGAUCUGUUAGAUAAAAAAAAUGAGGUGUUGAAUAUUAAUAGUAAUGAUGUAUCUAAAUUUUAUAAAGCAUUUAAAUUAUUAUAUGAAAUGUAUACUGAAUUUGAUGAAAACACGUCAAAAUGCUCAAAAUUUUCGGAAAAAGCUGAAAAAUUUGUUAAAAUAUAUGAAGAACUUAAUGAUUCUAAUAAUACUAUAUAUAGCGGCUAUUGUCAAGCAUGGUCUAAAUUAUUAAAUGAUUAUAAUAAUUUAAAAAAUAAAUGUAAAGAUUAUAACCCCCUUCCAGAGAUAAAUACAACAGAAACUGAUGCAAAAUGUUCUGAACAAACUUCUAAAAAAAAUAAUGUAGCAGAAUAUGAACAAUUUUCUGAAGAUACAUCAUCAAGUUCGUCGAUAGCAAGCAAAUUAAUUCCGGUUUUAUUGAUAUUUGCUGCAAUACCAAUUUUCUUGGGAAUUGCUUAUAAGUAUUCAUUAUUUGGAUUUCGGAAAAGAGUUCAAAAACAUUUAAGAAAAAAGCUAAAAAAAUAA